AGUUUGUCCACCAGAAGAGGCUUCACCCCAAGAACCAUGUGAGGAAAUUCAAACCUGUGAACCUGAGUAGUUGAACACCUUCCGUUCUGAAGUUAUAUGGAAAUUCUUCAAAAUCUCAACCCUGCAUCUUGGUGGGGCCAGGCUAUUUGAAGAAACAUGGUGAACUAUUACAAAGUACUCGGGGUGCCACAGGACGCGUCGUCCUCUGAUAUCAAGAAGGCUUUCCACCAGCUGGCUCUGCAGGUACACCCAGAUAAGAACCCCGGAGACAGGGAAGCAGCCGAGGAGAAAUUCAAGCAAGUCGCAGAAGCCUAUCAAAUUUUAUCUGAUGCCAAGAAGCGAAAGGACUAUGACAGGUCCCGAUGGAGCCGGACCAAAGAGGAGCUCAUCAGAGGUGACGGCAGAGACGAAACCAAUUGGGAAGAAGAAAUAUGCUCUCGGAGGCCACGCCGCACCUUCCAGACGGUCAUCGAAGAUGAAGACCUUUUUUCAGGAGAUUAUUUAUUCACUGGUCCCAUGACGCAUUCCAGAAGAGGUUCUUCCAACUUCUUUACAGUCACCCCCAUUAUAGACACAGGGUUUUCUACUUUUGUGUCCCAAGAAUCCAAAUCGAGUCCCGAUGACUCUGAAGCCUUUGUGCCGUAUAUAAGCCAUGGAAUGGGAAAGUUCAGACUGGUCACCACUUGUAGCCAGAUAAUGAAUGGUAAGAGAGUUGUCACAAAGAGAGUUGUAGAGAACAUUCAAGGACCAAAGAAAAUAGAGAACGAACGGCUAUUUCGUUGGAAUCCCUCACGUGGUUGGAAAUUGAUGGAAAAUCCCUGCUCUUGAUGACGAGAAAUGACGUGUUGACGGGACUUCAGUUAAAACUGGGGCCUGCUCUGAAAAUCUAUGAGUAUCAUGUAAAACCUCUUCAGACCAAGCAUUUAAAGAACAUCUCUUCAUAGUAAAAUCACACUGAGGUCUCAGUCCUCAGAACAAAAUACACAGUGUUGUAAUUUAGUUUUAUGUUGUUCUGCAAACAGAAUAGCUAGACGUGUAUAUGUAAAUCCAGCGAAGUGUUAUCCUGUUGGAUAGAUGAGGCAGUCCAUCCACUGGCCUGAUUCUGUCUGGAGGAGCAAAAACAGAGCAGACAUAAGAUGGCUGUCGAUGACUCUUAGGUACUCCUCCACUCAGGGGCUUUGGUGUUAUAAGAACUUCCUUUGUUUCAUCAUAGUGUUUUCCGUCAACCCCGUUUUAAAAAAGGGUGGGAGUGGAAUGUGUGUCCCUGGAUUAUAGGCUUAGAAAUGGGAAUAAACAAAACUCCCUGGGGAGGGGAAGAGCGAGGAGGAAUGCUGUCUCCCUGGAAUCGCUCUGCUCCUAGACUUCUGUGCCUUGGAUGGUGCUGCCAACACCCUUUUUCUGUAGAGGGUUCUCCGCUUGGCCUUGCUAAGGUUUCACCAGGAUGUGCCAUGCUGUGUUUGAAUGGAACAGACACCAGGGCCCCCUUCAGGAGCAGAACUCUCUCUGAGAAGAGACACUGGUUUUGUACUGGAGAUAUCUGCUGUAAUCAACUCAUUGUCACAGGGUUAAGAAUAUUUCCUGCUCACGUCGGUUCCUUAUUGCUGAAGAAAGCAUUUAGUGUUUUGUUGUUAUUUUGCUUAUUUUUUUAUGGUUUGCAUUUAUAAUAAUUUCUUUUUGAAGCAGUUUGCCAAGAGUUAAUAGAUGAUCUCAAAGCUUUGUUGAUAGCACAGAAUAUUUUUAUAUAAUAUAUAUAUAGCCUUCCAUGAUGCUGGAAUAGUUUUUUUCUUUAGCUGUCCUCUGCUGUGUCUGGUCCCUGGUUUGAGUCCUGUCUUCCAGAACUUGAGAAAGUAGGCUUGCUACAUCUCUGUUCCAAGAGACACUGAGUAAUGCAUGUCCAUGCCUCGUGGAUUUGGUGCUUGGUGAUGGCAAUAAAACACGGUUUCAGUUCACCAGA